UGGUUCUGAUAGAGUUAAUACGAAAACGACUACUACGAAUUUAAGUUACCUCUUCCUCUUCUCCCUCUUCCUUCACUCUUCUCCUUUCUUUCUUUCUUCUUCUUCUUCUUCCAUUCAACUUCUUCAUAACCGUAACCUUCACAUUCCUUCUCAAACCCUUACCAAUUUCUUCUUCUCUAAUCUCUCAACUAACUCGCCGCAAAUUUCACCAUCUCCGAUGGCCGGACAGUUCUCCAGCUCCGUUGAAUUCGGUCUCAAUCUCUCAAAACGAAUUCACCACACAAAACUAUCAGCUCCAGCUCCAUUACCGGAGAUGACAAGGUCGAUUGAUGAACACCUACCGUCAGCGCCGAUGUGUUACGCGGUGAUACCUGAUCCAGACAUAGUAGACAAUCCUGACAUUCGAAGCUAUCAACCGUAUGUGUACGGACGGUGUGAUCCUCCAGCGUUGAUACCACUUCAGCUUCAAGGAAUUGAAAUGGACGUUGAUUGUUGUUUGGAUACGGCGUUUGUAACUGUCACCGGACGGUGGCGCGUGCACUGCGUGAGGGGAAGUUCUUUGUGUGAUUGUCAAGUUGCUAUUCCUAUCGGAGACCAGGGUUCACUUCUAGGUGUCGAGGUCGAUGAUUUUGGAAGAUCCUAUCAUACUGAAUUGGUCUCUCUAAAGGAUGAAAAAGAAAAACAGAAAAUGGCCAAAGCUAAAGACGGAUACUAUUUGAAAAGCCAAAUAUACAUUGUUAAGAUUCCACAGUUUAAGGGAGGCUCCAUCUUCUCAGUUAAGAUCAGAUGGUCCCAGAAAAUAUUAUUUCACGAUGGCGAGUUCUGUCUUAACAUCCCUUUCUGCUUUCCUAAAUAUGUCAACCCUGUUGGAAGAUCAAUUUCUAAGAAAGAGAAGAUAUUUUUGAAAUUGAAUUCUGGAACUGCAAAUGAAGUGUUAUGCAAAGCAACCAGCCAUCCUCUUAAGGGAGUAAUGCACCAAGCUGGAAAAUUAAGUUUAUCAUAUGAAGCAGAGGUACCAGCUUGGUCAAGUACAGACUUCAGUUUCUCGUACACGGUUUCUUCAAGUGACAUAUUUGGCGGUGUUCUCUUACAAUCCCCUUUCCUGCGUGAUUUUGAUGAAAGAGAGAUAUUUUGCUUGUAUCUUUACCCUGGAGAUUUCCUGGAUAGAAAGGUUUUUAAAAAGGAUGUGGUGUUCGUAGUAGAUAUAAGUGCAAGCAUGAAGGGAAGUCCUCUUGAAAAUGUAAAGAAUGCACUCGUAGGAUCACUCUCUCAAUUAAACCCGCAAGAUAGAUUUAACAUUAUAGCUUUCAAUGGGGAGGCCUAUUUAUUCUCGCAAUCGAUGGAACCAGCUACAGUGGAAGCAAUUUUAAAGGCUGCCAAGUGGGUUGACACUACUUUUAUAGCAAAUGGUGGUACAAACAUCAUGCUUCCCUUAACUCAGGCAAUGACCCUACUACGGAAAUCAAGUGAUUCAGUCCCUCUUAUUUUUCUUGUUACUGAUGGGUCUGUUGAAGAUGAAAGAGAGAUAUGUGAAUUUGUGAAAAGCUAUGUAACAAGUGGGCAUUCAGUUCGGACACCGCGGAUAUGUACUUUUGGCAUAGGUUUAUAUUGUAAUCAUUACUUCCUGCAAAUGCUAGCACAAGUUGGGAGGGGUCGCUAUGAUGCUGUUUAUGAUUUAGAUUCAAUUGACACUCGAAUGCAAAGCCUAUUUAGUACUGCUUCAUCAGUUAUAGUUGCUGAUAUCACCAUCAAAAGUUUAGAAGGCCUUGAUUCACAGGAGUUUUUCCCAACUCAUAUUCCUGACCUAUCAUCUGGAAGUCCAUUGAUCAUAUCAGGCCGAUACAAUGGAACUUUUCCUGAACUAGUUAAGGUUACUGGUACUUUGGCUGAUAGGACCAGCUUCGCAGUGGACCUUAAAGUGAAAAGAGAAAAGGAUAUGAAACUCACUUAUGUCUUUUCAAAGAGACAUAUUGACCUAGUCACUGCUCGUGCCUGGUUGUUAGAAAGCCAAGAGCUAGAGGAAAAGGUUUCUAAAAUGAGCAUUCAAAAUAACGUUCCAUCAGAGUAUACUUUCAUGGAGAUGAUUCUUGUGAAUAAAAAUGAUGUCAAGAAGGAACCUGAACCAUUUCUGUUACAAAAGGCAUACGGCACACUUAGCUUCAAGGGAUUGGAAGUCGAAAUCCCGAAGUUAUUUCUUGGAGGACUGAGUCAUGGAUUUGGUGACUUGAAAGCAACUGCUGAGAACACUCCACCAGCAACAAAAGAAGCAAAACCAUCUGAAGGACUAUUGGGGAAAGCAGCUUCUACUUGUUGUGGUAGGGUGGCUGAUACAUGUUGUGGCAUGUGUUUGCUAAAGACUUGCUCUUUUGUGAAUGAUCAAUGCACCAUAGUUUGCACUCAACUUUGUGCAGCAUUAGCUUGUUUUGAGUUAAUUAAAUGCUGUAUUGAGAUAUGUGAUUGUGAGUGUGAUUGCUUGUAGUGAAAUUAUAUAUCCAGUUGAACAUAAGGUUAUUGUUUAGUAUGAAAAUUUACUAAACAGAGUACUAUGUAAGAUAUUGUAUAAUAAUAAUAAGAGGAAUGAUAUUUUGACAACCAA